ACAUCUUUUCUCAUCCGAAUUUGGAACGUCUGCAGGGUAGAUUCUGAGAAAAGCAUUGGGACUAACCCAACCAUAGGGUUUUAGCCCUUUGAUUCACAGAAAUGGCGAUGACACCGGCGAAUUCUCCCAAUUCCGGCUCCGACUCCGAUAUCGACAACACUCCGACGCCGAGUUUGAACUCUAAAGCCGACCCGAAUGCCAACGUCACUCCCGACUCGUUGAGUCCCACCAAUCCCUCUAGCCCGCCCGUCGUCUGCCUGUACAGGUUCGCCGCAGACUCCUUCGGUGGGGCUUUUAUGGGCUCCAUUUUUGGAUACGGUUCAGGAUUGCUAAGGAAGAAGGGACUUAAAGGAUCUUUUGCAGAGGCAGGAUCAUCUGCAAAGACAUUUGCAGUAUUAUCGGGAGUUCACAGUGUGGUUGUUUGCUUUCUUAAGAGGCUGCGGGGAAAAGAUGAUGUAAUUAAUGCUGGAGUAGCUGGAUGUUGCACUGGUCUUGCUCUAAGUUUUCCAGGUGCACCUCAGGCUCUACUACAGAGCUGCCUCACUUUUGGUGCAUUUUCCUUCGUUAUCGAAGGCCUUAACAAGCAGCAGCCUGCAUUAGCACUGCCCGCUCCAUUAGGUCUCAGAAGCAGCCAACACCCCGCCCUCCUUCCCCUAUCAUUCCCUCUACCAAACGAGCUUAAGGAGUCUUUCUCUUCCUUCUGCCACUCCCUUAAAAGACACGGGAAGAACAAUAAUGCCCGUCGCUAGUUUAGAUUAAUAGUUACUUCUUACGUUGAACGUUUAUUUGGAAUCUCGAGAUAAACUUGUAAGGCUUUGUGUAUCUUAAACUUCUUUGCUGCUUUAGUGAUUGAUGAUGGAAUUUUCACAUUUUAUUCCACAGUGGCA